GACAUUACCCUGGGCGUCUUGGUAGUGACGAAUGAGCUUCUAGUGGGGUUGGAGCUCGCGCAUCGGGUCUCUGUCAGCGGUGCUGCCCCGCGGCUCGCCGUCCCGGACGGUGCUGUGCAGUGCCGGUAGCCUGCCCUACCCUCGCGUCUCCGCGCCGGUCUUCGUUCAUCGACCUCGGUGUUCCUCCUUCCCUUCCUUCGUUCCGUGGCGGUUUGGUUCAUAUCCUUGGACCCGCACGCAGUUUAAGGAACUCAAGCCUGGGACAAUGGUGUGCAUUCCUUGUAUCGUCAUUCCAGUUCUGCUCUGGAUCUUCAAAAAGUUCCUGGAGCCAUACAUAUACCCUCUGAUAUCCCCCGUUGUCAGUCGUGUAUGGCCUAAGAAAGCCAUACAAGAAUCCAGUGGUAAAAAUACAGGCAAAGUAGACUGCAAGGGUGCAGAUACCAACGGAUUACCCACAAAGGGACCAACAGAGGUCUUUGAUAAAAAGAAAGACUAGUGUGGUUUUUCUGAAAGCCCUUGGCUGUUUUGAAAUGGACCCGAUAAUAUGAAGCACCUUCUUUGUCUCUUGAUUUUUUUUUUCUCUGAGACCAGGAGUCUAGAUAAGCAGUUUAGAUAUCUACUUGAUACUGAUCAGGAAGUACAUGGCAUUUAUAUUUAAAGUGUAAGUAGUUAUAUUUAAUGACCUCACCCUGAGUUUCCUUUUCAUUAAAGUAGCUUUUGUUUCUAUUAUUCCAUUUUACUAAUAUAAUAAAUAGAAGAUUUGUGUGAGCAGACACUCAGAACUUGGGGUGCUUGGGUCUUUACAUUGUUUUACACGACUUUGGCUGCUGUUUUCGCUUCCUGUGGGCUCUUGUAACUUGAGUGGGAUGAGUCUUACUAUUCAGCAGACAGUACAGCAGACAAACUGUGAAAAAGGUAAUUACUGCCAAGCGCAAUGGAGAGCUGUUGCUUAGGAUCCGUUACUACUCCAAGUUAACUAGAUAAGAAGGACCUACGGGAAGCUUCUUUGAAAAAUGGCACAUCAACAUCAAUGUCAGUCACAUAAAUUCUAAUUCUGCUCUACUUCUAUUCCCGCAAAUGCAUUAAACAUUAAAUUUAA